AUGGCCGAUAAUGACGGAGACGACUACAAUAGCACCCAUCGGGCUUUUCUUCAGGCUUUCCUGGCCCGCUCAGUCAUGACCUUCGAAGAAGCACAACCCAUCCUCGCCGCCAUUCUGACAGCAAAAGACGACGGCGAGCGACCCAUAUUGCCCAACGACAUCACCGAAGCGGACUUCAACACGUACGUCGCGACGAUAAACACGGCACUCUCGCCGCUGGACCUGGAGAUCCGGAGCGCGCGCUCGCAAAGCGCAGAGCGCACGCGCCUGUGGGCGCUCGUCAACACGACGUCGGACGGGCUGACGCAGCUGGCGACGACGCACACCGCGGACGAGAUCGCGUUCGUAAAGCGGCUGCUAGACGCCAUGUUUGAGGCACACAAUACACCGCGCGCCGAAGUCGUCGCGCUCACGAGCAUACAGGCGCUGAACCUGCACAAGGCGCCGCGCAACGCGGAGGGCAGCGAGACGCAGGGCAGCGCGGGGGCGACGCUGACUAUGGCAGCGGCGCAGAAGCUGCUGAACGACAUGGUGGAGGAGGGGUGGAUGGAGAAGUCGCGGCGCGGGUUCUUGAGCCUGAGCCCACGCGCGCUGAUGGAGCUGCGCGGCUGGCUGGUGGAGACGUACAACGAGCCCGUGGACGCAGAGGAGGACGGGCCGGAGGAGGUGGCGGCGCGCACCCGCGUCAAGAUGUGCGAGGCCUGCCGCGAGAUUGUGACGGUGGGGCAGCGCUGUCCCAGCCGCGCGUGCCUGUGCCGCUUGCACGACGUCUGCGUCCAGCAUUUCUUCCGCACGCACCCGGACCGCCGCUGCCCGCUGUGCAAGACUGAGUGGUCUGGCGACCACUUUGUGGGCGAACGCGCCGCGAAGCCUACGAACAGGAACCGCGGGAGCGCAGGCACGGUGGCGUCGUCGUCCCGCCGCUCGACAAUGGCGAGCCAGCUUGCACUGUCGGACGACGACGACGACGACGACGACGACGACGAAGAGUGA